AUGGAGCUGUCCACGGUGCUAGUGCUGAUCGCAGCUGGGUGGGCCGUUUGUGUGGCUUCACCUGUCCAGGUCAUUCCGGACUCUAACAGCGAAUCUGUUACCGACCCAAACAGUGAUGACAGAACUGUAUUUGAACGCAUAGAAGCUAUGAAUAAAGGUAUCUCCACGCCACUACAAGAGGGAGACAUUGCCUACAAUAUCAUGCGCAGUACCAUGAAAUGUAACAGCUGUUUGUGGGAUAUCUCACAGAACGGGAUGGUUUACGUCCCUUAUGUUCUUUCCUCUGCAUAUUCUGAUAUAGACAAAUGGCUGAUUACAGACGCCAUCAAGGAGUUUGAAACAAUGACCUGCGUGAAGUUUGUCAGCAGAAGCUCAGAAGCCGACUAUCUCAGCAUAGAGUCUUUACCUGGGUGUUGGUCCCUUGUUUCCAAGAUUGGUGGCAAACAGGUUGUGAGCCUCAAUAAGAACGGGUGCAUGAGCACUGGCGUCAUCCAGCAUGAACUGAUGCACACGCUGGGCUUCAUCCAUGAGCACUCCAGGAGCGACAGGGAUAACUACGUAGAUAUCUUGUGGCAAAACAUCCUUCCAGUAAAUCAGCCCAACUUUGUGAUCAGAGAUUCCAACAAUUUGGAUCUUCCCUAUGACUACGGCUCAGUAAUGCACUACCCAAGCACUGCUUUUUCCAACCCCUCGGGAAGAACGACAAUACUUCCCAAACCUGACCCCAAGGUGCCUAUCGGACAGACGUCUGGAAUGAGCCACCUUGAUGUGAUGAAGAUUAACAAACUCUAUAAGUGCAAUCUUUGCCGGACAAAAUUCACAGACCCUUCAGGAUCUUUCUCUGCCGACGGCCUUUCCUUCGGACAGGACGGCAGCUGUCUUUGGCUGAUUCAAACUCCAAGUAAAAGGGUUUCUCUGCAGCUCAGCGGCAUCAACAUCCCUCUUUCUGUCGGCUGUACUGAAAGCUACAUUAAGGUAUAUGAUGGCCCGUAUAAAUCUGAUGAGGUUCUCCUGAAUAAUACCUGUGGAUUUGAGAUGAUCCCACCUUUAAUUUCAUCUACAAACCUGAUGUUGGUGGAGCUCGUGAGCAGCCAGGAGCCGGCUUUGAGCAGAUUCAGUGCCUCCUAUAAUAACGUUACCUAUGGAGAGACCUUCAUCAAGGAUAACGGGAUUGUGAUUUCUCCAUGGGUCAGAGGGUAUUACCCCAACAAUGUGGAUGCUGUAUAUUCCAUCAUAGCCCCGCCGGGAUAUAAGGUGUCCCUGACCUUCUCUUAUUUCUAUAUGGAGGAUUACCUAAAUUGUUCCAAAGACUACCUGAUUGUCACGGAUGGAGCCGCUACGAUUGCCCCAGCCCUGGGCAAAUUCUGUGGGAUGAAGUUACCUCCGGCUUUGGUGUCUUCUGGGAAUGUAAUGUUAUUGCAGUUUCACAGCGAUGACCAGAAAAACUCCUUUGGAUACAUGGCGUCCUAUCGCUUUGAAUUUGCUGCUUCCUGUGAAAGAAUUGAUGCUAAUGAUGGACACAAAUCUGUUCUAAGGGCCUCUAAGCUGAUGCACCCCGGGAAAGCUAACAACUGGCAGAAAUCUGUCCUUAGGGCUGCCCAGCUCAAGUACCCUGGAAAAGCUAAUGACGGACUAACACCAGUCCUAAGGGCCCUGCAGCUCACGGACCCCGGGAAAGCUAAAGAUGGGACUAAAUCAAUCUUAAAAGCCCCGCAGUUCAAGUAUGACGGGAAAGCUAAAGACGGGACCGGAUCUGUCCUAAAAGCCCCGCAGUUCAAGUAUGACGGACCAUUGGAUCCAGAAGAGCCCAUGGAUAUUGAUAUAAUGUGCGAGGAGGAGCCCAUGGACACUUCUUAUGCCGAGGGUCCGGAGUCGGUGGCUGAGACCCUGGAGACGGGAUUUAAGAGUUUGCUGCAGUGUGACCCCGUGGAGAAGAAAACCAAAUAA